CUUGAGCAUCGUUCGGAACAGUAAUCAUGUUCCCGAUCCAGAUACAAACCCUUACCUGUAUGGUGUUUGUCUCUAUAUGUAUAUACUGUACCCAGAGUGUUAUUCUGAGACCAGACUGGUACCCAUAUUUUCAGGAUGAUAAACAGGAAUCUGAUAACGAAAUGCCUCGAUUUGGAGUUGCCUUAUGUUCUAUAGUAUUAUUUGUUGUACUAGUUUCCACAUUAACCGAAAGUAAAUCAUUAAGCAGACAAAAACGACAAUUGGCAGAUCUUAAAACGUCAGAGUUAUCUGCCUUGAUAUCAUUAGGAGGGCGCUAUGCUCCACGUGGGUGUAAGGAUGUAGCGUGUGGCCUAGUCGAUAUUUUCAAAAGAAGAAAAAGACAGGCAGAUUCUGGCCUCAUGCAGCUUCUUACCGACAGAAAAACAAAUGACUGUUAUUUUGGUUUGGGUUGUGGUGUGGAAGACGUAUUCGCAAGAGUUAGAAGAUCUGGAGCCGAUCAAAGAAUAGCAGAGUUACAGGCACUUAUUGCAUUAACUAGUCACGGUGGAAUGGUUGCUCACGGACAGUUUGAUCCUUUAAGGAUUGGAAAAAGAAACGGCAAUAAUGAAUACUUGAGAGAUUUAAGUUUAGAAGAAAGAUAUCAAUUAAUCAGAAAUAUUCUACAGAGAGCAGCUGAAAGAAAAGCAUAAAGAGUUUUGAAUAUGUAAACUGAAUCAGGCAUUGAAAUAAAGAACAGAUUUAACCACCAAUUCAAACUCUCUGCGACUAUAUUUAUAUUUGUAUAUUAUGUUCCCGUAAAUCAACUGUUUCUUCAUCAAAUUUAUAUUACUGUUAAUGUAUUAACGGUGCAAUAAAGUGUUAAAGCUUG